UCCGUCGGCAGUGCCGCCGCCGCCACAGCAGAAGCCGCGCUCCCGCCUCUGCCUCGGGCUCUUCGCCGCUCCGGACUCCCCCGGCUCGGAGCGUCCCUUCCCGGGGACGACCCGAGAGCCUGCUCACCCGCCGUCUCGGCCGUGCUCCGCUCCUCGGGCGUGCGAGGGGCCGCGGUGGUGGUGGCAGCGGCGCCCGGCAUGUAUCAGAGCCGGCGGCGGCUCUGCUCCGCCCUGCUGCACCGGGACGCCGCCGGCCUGCGCCGCCGGCCCGGCCCCGGCCCCGGCCCCGGCCCCGGCCCGCGCGGCCAGCGGUCCCCCUGGGCGGCCGCCCCCCGGCCCGCGCCCCCGCGGCUCCCGGCGGCGGCCUCGGGCGCGGCGACGCUGUGCGCGCGGACAGCCUGUUCCAUGGGAAACGGCACGAGCAGACUCUACAGCGCUCUCGCCAAGACCCUGAACAGCAGCGCCGCCUCCCAGCACCCGCAGUAUUUGGAGUCCCCGGACCCAGAACAUCUGGAGCCCAUUGACCCCAAAGAGCUCCUCGAGGAAUGCAGGGCGGUCCUGCAGAGCCGGCCUCCCCGGUUCCAGAGGGACUUCGUGGACCUGAAGACAGAUUGCCCCAGUAGCCACCCCCUUAUAAGGGUCAUGCAGUGGAACAUCCUCGCCCAAGCUCUUGGGGAAGGCAAAGACAACUUUGCACAGUGCCCCGUUGAAGCACUCAGGUGGGAAGAGCGCAAGUGUCUCAUCCUGGAAGAAAUCCUAGCCUACCAGCCUGACAUCCUGUGUCUCCAAGAGGUGGACCACUAUUUUGACACCUUCCAACCCCUCCUCAGCAGACUGGGCUAUCGAGGCACUUUUUUCCCCAAGCCCUUGUCACCUUGUCUAGAUGUAGAGCAUAACAAUGGGCCAGAUGGCUGUGCCUUGUUUUUCCUCCAGAACCGAUUCAAGUUAGUCCACAGUACCAACAUCAGGCUGACGGCCAUGGCCCUGAAAACCAACCAGGUGGCCAUCAUACAGACCCUAGAGUGCAAGGAGUCCGGUCGGCAGUUCUGCAUUGCAGUCACCCACUUAAAAGCACGAUCUGGCUGGGAGCAGUUUCGAUCAGCUCAAGGCUGUGAUCUUCUCCGGAACCUGCAGAACAUCACCCAAGGAGCCAAGAUUCCCCUCAUUGUUUGUGGGGACUUCAAUGCAGAGCCAACAGAGGACGUCUACAAACAUUUUGCUUCCUCCAGCCUCAACCUGAGUAGCGCCUACAAGCUGCUGAGUCCAGAUGGGCAGUCAGAACCUCCGUAUACUUCCUGGAAGAUCCGGACCUCAGGGGAGUACCGGCACACCCUGGACUAUAUCUGGUAUUCUAAACACUCUCUGAGUGUGAGGUCAGCUCUGGAUUUGCUCACUGAAGAACAGAUUGGAGCCAGCCGGCUCCCAUCCUUCAAUUAUCCUUCAGACCACCUGUCUCUAGUGUGUGACUUCAGCUUUAAUAAGGAACCUGAUGGACUUUCAUAAACACUUUGUAAUCACAAGUCUUAACCAGGGAUGUUUCAGGAAAACAAAUAGGAUAAGUUGCCUGAGGAAGGAUUCCCAGUUUCUCUCACUUCACUUUCCAUGUUUCCAGCAUGCCUCAGGGAAGGAGUCCCACUAGUUCACAAAUGUUUUCCAUUAAACCCUUCAGCGAAAAAGGUGUUUGCACUCCAGUUUUGGCUUUUUUCCCCUUUCCCAUAGCAUUAAAUUUAGAUCAAUUAAGGGCAUUCUCAAUUAGUCUUGUGUUGAAGCUUUCAGUUUGAUGACACUAUAAAAAUACUUUUGAGUCUUCCAUAAUUAACAAGUAUGCUGGAACAAUUUCUUCAGACAGUAUUUCAAGUUAUUUAUUUGUGGUUUUAAAUGUCAAGAUAUGCAUGCAUGGCAAUGUUUGUAUUUUUAGCAUUGCAAACAUUUAAAAACCAUGCAAAUGUAAGUUAUAGAAUAAUUUAUAGUAAUUUUCUUAAGGCUUUAAGAUGUUUUUAUUUGGGGUCUAACAAAAUAGUGAA